CCACAUCUCAACCUCUCUACUUUAACUCCACCUUCGCAUCUAUUUAUUAUCUUAAAUUCCUUUUAUACAUAAAGCUGUCUGUCAAAUCAAACCCACUAAAAGUUAGCAGCAUGGAAACGUUGGUGUUAGCUUUGGGUCUGAUAAUGUUUUGUUGGGUUUUUAUCCACAGAUUGUCGCAGAGAAAAGGCGGCGGCCCCAGAAGCUGGCCGGUGAUUGGGGCGAGCGUGGAACAGAUGACGAACUACGGCCGCAUGCACGACUGGCUGGUCGGCUAUCUCGCCAACUCCUACUCUGUGGUUGUCCCAAUGCCCUUCACCACAUACACUUAUAUUGCCCAUCCCGACAACGUUGAGCAUGUUCUCAAGACCAACUUUCCUAAUUAUCCUAAGGGUGAAGUGUACCAUUCAUAUAUGGAAGUUUUGCUUGGAGAUGGCAUCUUUAAUGCAGAUGGAGAGCUAUGGAGGAAGCAAAGAAAGACUGCAAGCUUAGAAUUUGCUUCCAAGAACUUGAGGGAUUUCAGCACUGUAGUCUUCAGAGAUUAUAGCCUCAAACUCUUCACAAUUCUAACCCAAGCUUCUCUCCUAAAUCAACAAGUUGACAUGCAAGAUUUGCUAAUGAGGAUGACUUUGGACUCUAUAUGCAAGGUGGGAUUUGGGGUAGAAAUAGGAACAUUGGCUCCAAAUUUGCCAGAAAAUAGGUUUGCAAAGGCAUUUGAUGCAGCCAACAUAAUUGUGACUCUCAGAUUCAUAGACCCAUUGUGGAAAAUCAAGAAAUUUCUGAAUGUAGGAUCUGAAGCCAUUCUUGAUCAGAGCAUCAGAACCAUUGAUGACUUCACUUACUCUGUCAUCAGGAAAAGAAAGGCAGAGAUUGAGGAAACUCAGAAGAAUGAGAAAUCAAUGAAACAUGACAUAUUGUCGAGAUUCAUCGAGCUAGGCAAGGACCCCGAGAACAACAUCAAUGACAAGAGCCUUAGGGACAUUGUCCUGAACUUUGUGAUCGCGGGGCGUGACACAACUGCAACUACUCUUUCUUGGGCUAUUUACAUGAUCAUGACACACGAAGACGUUGCGGAGAAGCUGUGGUCCGAGCUGGAAUCGGUCGAGGAAAUGCGGGCGAAAGAGGAGAAUGUUCUUUUGCAUCAGUACAGUUCUGAUGACCCCGAAUCGCUUAACCAGAGAGCAAUGCAGUUUGCAGGGCUGUUGAACUAUGAUACCAUGGCGAAACUUUACUAUCUGCAUUCUGUUGUCACCGAGACGCUUCGCCUUUACCCUGCCGUUCCUCAGGACCCGAAGGGGAUUUUGGAGGACGACGUUUUGCCGGAUGGAACGAGGGUGAAAGCUGGGGGGAUGGUGACCUAUGUGCCAUAUUCAAUGGGAAGAAUGGAGUACAAUUGGGGACCUGAUGCAGCUUCUUUCAAGCCUGAGAGAUGGCUCAAGGAUGGGGUUUUCCAGAAUGCAUCCCCAUUCAAGUUCACUGCAUUUCAGGCUGGGCCAAGAAUAUGCCUGGGAAAGGACUCAGCUUAUCUGCAAAUGAAGAUGGCACUUGCAAUUCUGUGCAGAUUCUUUAAGUUCAAGCUGGUUGAAGGCCAUUCAGUGGAGUAUAGAAUGAUGACAGUUUUGUCCAUGGCUCAUGGACUCAAGCUCACAGUUUCACCAAGAACUCACAAUCCUGCAUAGUUCUGAAGCUACCUUGUUUUACCCUAUACAGUAAAUGUAAUUGGUAUGUAAUUCAGUGGAAAUAAUAUUUACUGCAACCCCAUGCACAUACAAAAAUUA